AUGCCCAGAGGCGCCAUUCAGCUGGCUGCAUUGACGUCAGGACGGCGUUCUCCCAUUGUGGCAGACAGCCUGGCCGAGAUCGACAUUAGCGAAGUACGAAAAUGCGGCGAAAAAGCCGAUGCGAGGCAGUUCGAAUUGCUCAAGGUACUCGGCCAAGGCUCUUUUGGGAAAGUGUUUCUCGUGAGGAAAAUCCGUGGACGUGACACCGGUCACAUCUAUGCGAUGAAGGUACUGAAGAAGGCCACGCUUAAAGUACGUGAUCGAUUGCGGACGAAAAUGGAACGCAAUAUUUUAGCCCACAUAUCACAUCCAUUCAUCGUGAAGCUACAUUACGCUUUCCAAACCGAAGGCAAACUCUACCUGAUCUUGGACUUUUUACGAGGUGGCGAUCUAUUCACGAGGCUAUCAAAAGAGGUCAUGUUCACGGAAGAGGAUGUGAAGUUCUACCUUGCUGAGUUGACCCUUGCUUUGGAGCAUCUCCACUCUCUGGGUAUCGUCUACCGGGAUCUAAAGCCGGAAAAUAUUUUGUUGGACGCUGACGGACACAUCAAAGUAACCGACUUUGGUCUCAGUAAGGAAUCGAUCGACAAUGAGAAGAAGACUUAUAGUUUUUGUGGAACGAUCGAGUACAUGGCCCCGGAAGUGAUUAAUCGACGUGGCCAUUCGUGCGCCGCUGACUUCUGGUCGCUGGGUGUUUUGAUGUUCGAAAUGCUAACGGGCCACUUGCCCUUCCAAGGCCAUGACCGGAAAGACACGAUGACGCAAAUCCUGAAGGCCAAACUAACAAUGCCUCAGUUUCUGUCACCGGAAGCGCAGUCGUUGCUUCGAGCUCUUUUCAAGCGUAACGCAGUGAAUCGACUUGGCGCGGGUCCUGAGGGAAUCGAGGAGAUCAAGCGGCAUCCAUUCUUUGCCUCAAUAAAUUUCGAUCGAUUGCUGAAUAAGGAAAUUUCGCCUCCAUUCAAACCAGCUGUGACAACAAUAGAUAGCACGUUGUAUUUCGAUCCGGAAUUCACCAAGCGGACACCAAAAGCUCGAGCUCAUGCGGAACAUCUUUUUCCAACCAAUCGUGGUUAUUGA